CUGCGGCUUGUGGGUGGCAAGACUCCCAGCCUGGGUCGCCUCGAAAUCCGCCGGCGAAACGGCCGGUGGGGGACCAUUUGCAGGCGUGGCUUUGGGGCGGUGGAUGCCUCGGUAGCCUGCCGUCAGCUGGGUGAAGGCAUGAACGGCACGGUGCUUAGAAGUGGGGCGUUUGGGCCCGGGAGCGGCGCCAUAUGGCUCAGCCAGGUGGCCUGCACCGGCAAUGAGACCCGGCUGGAGGACUGUAGGAGCAGGGGAUGGGGGCACGCGCCAAAGUGCAGCCACGCCAUGGAUGUAGCCAUCAGGUGCAGCAGCACCAAGCAGGUUGCCAUUACGGUGCGCCUGCUGAAUGGCAGCGAUACUUCGUCCGGAAGAUUGGAAGUGUGGCAUAACGGCACGUGGGGAACUGUCUGCAAGACAGGAUUCAACGCCACCGAUGCUUCGGUCGCAUGCGGGCAAAUGCGGCUUGGCAAGAAUGGCGUGGUUGCCGCCUCCAGGAGCGGCCCGGCGUUUGGGCCAGGAAAAGGCACGAUAUGGCUGUCGCAGGUCAACUGCAACGGCCGCGAGACACGGAUUGAAGAGUGCUGGAACAGGGGGUGGGGCACCGCUCCCAACUGCACCCACGCCAUGGAUGUGGCCGUCGCUUGCGCACCUGGUAAUGCACGCCAUUCGCCCAUGUUCUACGUCGCACAGUAUGUUACAGCGCGCCUGGUGAAUGGCAGCAGCGCUUCAUCCGGAAGAUUAGAAGUGUGGCGUGGUGGCAUUUGGGGAACUGUCUGCAGCACAGAAUUCAACGCCACUGAUGCUUCGGUCGCGUGCCGGCAGAUGGGGUUUGCUAGGAAUGGGACGAUCGUCGCCUCCAGGAGCGGCCCGGCGUUUGGGCCAGGAAAAGGCACGAUAUGGCUGUCGCAGGUCAACUGCACUGGCCGGGAGACGCGGAUUGAAGAGUGCUGGAACAGGGGGUGGGGCACCGCGCCCAACUGCACCCACGCCAUGGAUGUGGCCAUCCGUUGUGCGCUCAUCACGACUGGCCGGUUGUGA